AUGCAAGCCAUACAGCAGAGCCUCAAUGCCUUGCUCACUUCCAUGCCUCCUCCUCCUUUGGACAAAGCAACUCUCGACUCGCUCGUAGAGCAAACGCUUUCCAAGGCGCAGUCGGGAGCUAACCCAGAGAGCUGGAAGAACCAAUGGGAAUUUGUAUUGAGGAACGCGGUCUUCGACUUAGCGGCGACAGAGGGUAAGGCCCUCAAAGACCCCAAGACGACAUAUUAUGACCAACUGAACGACAUGCUCGACAUGGUCCUCACGUUUACCGAGCACGGUCCGUUCCCCUCAGAUGCGUGCGACCAAGUCUUCCCCUUCACCGUGCUCCAAGACCUCCUUGAAGCCCAGACAAUCUCCUCAUGCUCACACAUCUUCUCCUGGAUCGAGGCGCGCGCGGAGCGUCUCACGGAGGGCAUGGUCCCGCAAAAGGGCAAGGCUCUCGUCCUCCUCCGCACGCUCAAUGAUCUCCUCCGCCGGCUGUCGAACACUGGGGCGACCACCAUCUUUACAGGACGGAUCCUCACGUUCCUCAGUCGCGUGUUCCCGCUUGGCGAGCGGAGCGGAGUGAACCUGAGGGGAGAGUACGGUCCGGUAUGGGACGGGCCCGGUACGAAGGGGCAGGAGCGCGAGAAAGCAAGCGCGACAGAGAAGCAGGAGGGCGAGAAUGGGGAGGGUGAGAAGGACAAGGAUAAGAUGGAUGUCGAUCGGCGUAAGGAGAAGGAGGGUGGGUCAGACUUCUAUUAUACGUUCUGGGGCCUUCAGCUCCCGUUCUCCCGUCCGCCGUUAUUUGCGGAGCCGGGAACGUUCGCCGCAUUCAAGGAGGCCGUGAGCAAAGUCCUGCCGGUGAUCAAGGAGGCCACCGCGAAGGACCGCGCGCUCAUGGGCAACAAGUCAAACGGCAUACCCACUGGCCCGUCUGGCCCCCUGAAGCGGAAACGCGCCGCUGGCGUGCCAGAGAGCGCCGCAAAGAGCGAGUACUAUUUCGCCAAGUACCUCACCAGUCCGGACCUGCUCGACCUCGAGAUCGCGGAUACGCACUUCCGGCGACAGUUCCUCUUCCAGCUCCUCAUUCUCCUCCACCACCUCCUCACAUUCACCAAGACAGCCAAGGCGACGUGGGCGAGCACGCGCAACCGCUCGCUCCAGAUUGACUUCACGCUUGACACCGCCGACGCGCAGUGGGUGCAGGAGACGAUCACGCGCGCGACGGAGGAGCUUCGCCAGACCUCGCCGAAUGGGCGCGCGUUUUCCGAGACGGUGCAGGUGAUCCUGGAGCGCGAGAAGAACUGGGUGAAGUGGAAGAAUGAGCUGUGCACGCCGUUCGACCGGGAGCCGUGGCGGGAGGAGAUUGAGGUGGACGGGGUGAAGCGGAAGGUCGGACUCGAAGAGGCGACGGAGGGCGUGAGGAAGAAGAUGAGGACGGACCCGGAGCCGUGGCCCCAUCGGUAUGGAAGCGCGCCGCUCACGGAGAUAUGGGAGAUGGGAUACAGGGACCUGUGGGAUCUGCAGCAACCUUUCCAACCAGGUGAGGUCAAGGACUUUGUCAAGAAGAUCAAGCAGGAGGAUGCGCGCAUCGAGAUGCGGAAAAAGCAGCUCACGAAGCAGGCCGAGCGCAUUGCGGCCGCUCGCGCAAAGGCCGCCGCGGUCAAGGACGGCGCGGCCGCACCAGGGACACCCGCUGCUUCUAGUGUGGUACCGAACAGCGCGUCCGCCACGACAGUAACUACCUCCGCAUCACAAGAUUCGCUCUCGCCUCCAAAACCGAAUCCGUCCCUCAGCGCGCCUGUGCCCCUGCACCCUUCAUUGCCUGCAAAACCUGGCUCUACACCAGUGCCAGAAAGCGCGGCCGCAUCACCCGCGCGUGUGUCGACACCAAACCCUCUUCCACCCGCCGCUCCUUCCACUCCUACACCGGCGCCUGCCACGCCUGCGCCAGCUCCUGCAGAUCCUACUCCUAUCGUGCUCCCACCUGACGCGCAGCUGGCGAGGUACGAAGAGAACAAGCAACGUUGGGCAUGGCUUGCGCUCCGAAUGGCGCGAGAUCAAUACUGGCAGCACUUC